UACAAUAUGUCGGUUCAGUCCGUGAAAUCCAACACCUCGUUUGCGGAUGUCCUAAGGGGCAUGAAAAUUCCCGUAACCCGCCUCAGCGACAAGUCGAAGGCCAAGGCCGAAAGCAAUGCCAAGAAGGUGGAGUAUUUCCUGGUCAAGGCCAGGUCCACCUCCUUGGCUUCCAUGGGAGGAUGGGCCAGCCGAUAUGAGACCAAUUGCCUCCGGGAGUUGGACGAGUGGUGCGCGCCGAGGCUCUCGUUCCGCGAUGAUGCCGAUGUCAGUUUGCAUCCCAGCUACGACAUGAAGACCUUUCAAUACGAUCUUAAUUGCUAUGCGCGGUAUCUGGACUCUAGGGACGAGUACAACAUGCAGCUCUUGCGGGAAAUGGAGCACUUUAUUGCCAGUCAACGGACUAUCCGCGACCAAUUUUUUCUAAGGAAAACCCUGUGCUACAAAACCCUUUGGCCCCCUCUGCACACGAAGCGGGAACUGAACAACUUUGUCUCCCAGUUCUUUCAAAUGACUCCGAAGCAAAAGCGCCGUGUUGAGUAUCUCCUGAAAACAGACUUUGGUCAGGGUUGCUAAAGUCUAUUCAAUUGGAAAGUAAAUGAUGCUAUUUAUUCCAUUCGAAAAAUGGUUUAAUUAGCACAUUUAUUUUUGCAAUUAUUCCUGGCAACGCUUGAAUUUUACUGUAUGAAAAAAUAUGCAACCGAUAAAGUUA